AUAAUAAUAAUAAUAAUAAUAAUCAUAACAACUGAUACAUAAAAGUCUUUCAAGUAAAGUUGUGUAGAAACAGCACCAGUGAGUGUAAUUUUAUUCCAAGAAUUAAACUGACGACUUGCUCGACUUUUACUACAACGACACCGAAUAUAAUAAUCUACAUAAUACCAGUGAAUUUGGACUAGCAUACAUUUAAUAUUGAUAAUAAUAAUUAUACCAGGAAAGGAAUAUCAGUUUAAAUACCAGUAAAUAAAAAAGCCGGUUGGUAAUUAUAGAGAUUGCUGAUUUGGAUAUUAAAAUGGAUCUGCUGUGCUGCGAGACAACUGAAGAAACAGAAUGUCAUGCUUAUCCGGAUCCAGCUUUACUUGGAGAUGAUAGAGUUCUGCAGAAUUUGUUGAAAACUGAAGAACGUUACGCACCAAGCAGCUCUUACUUUGAAUGCGUACAGAAAGAUAUCACGCCGCUCAUGCGCAAGAUUGUCGCCGAGUGGAUGUUGGAGGUUUGUGAGGAAAGAAAGUGCCAAGAAGAAGUAUUUCCACUGUCGAUGAAUUAUCUCGACAGAUUUUUGUCCAUCUGUCCAAUAAGAAAAACCCAAUUGCAAUUGCUUGGAACGGCGUGUCUUUUAUUGGCUUCAAAACUUCGAGAGACUAGGCCACUGACUGCUGAGCUUCUUGUUUAUUACACCGACAACUCAAUCACACUCGAUGACCUCUGGAGGUGGGAGCAGCUGGUGGUUUCAAAGUUAAAGUGGGAAUUGUCAGCAGUUACGCCCGGGGACUUUCUCCUGCACAUCCUCAGCCGCUUGCCGGUGGAUUCACGAGCAUGGGACUUUUUGAUGAUAAAAAGACAUGCACAGACUUUCAUUGCGCUGAGCGCAAGAGAGUACAAAUUUUCAAUGUACACGCCGAGUAUGAUUGCAGCUGCCAGCAUAGCAGCGGCACUACACGGUCUCGAUUGGACUGGAAAAAGUGGUUACGGACUUGCUGGACUUCUCGAUGAACUCACCCGUAUCACAGCCAUUGAACAGGAUUACUUGCGAGGAUGCUUGGAACAAGUAGAGGAUAUGGUGUCACAGGCGCGAAUGACCGGAACGAGUGACCAAUAUCAAUCUCAAAAUCAAACCACCGGGAUGAACACCCCUUUAAGACCGUUGGGGGAUCAAAACACGAGCCAGGACAAGAUAAUGGAGCAUGAGAAGGCGGGAACACCUACCGACGUUAGGGAUGUUCACUUCUGAUCCUGGCUCGUUUAAUAAAAUGAGUUUGUUGUGUUAUAAAUGAGCAGAGGGCUGAACGCCGUCUUUAUUUUAAAUCAUCGAGCUGCUGACAUUUUAAGUGCGUCGUCAAGACAACGCUCGUGUUAAACUUUAUGUCUUCUAUUUAUCUGUCCGUCUGACAAGCACAGACAAGUACAGACAGCACACAAGGACAGCAAGGACGUAUUGGGGGAAGGCAAUGCAAUACGCUUUACGCAUUAUUAUUUAAGUACACUUAAUUAAUUGCAAGGCGAUACAUGGUAGUACGAUACAUUAUCAUUAUCAUUAAAUAUAUACAGUUAGCAAAAAAUUAAAAAUUAUAAAAAAAAUAAAAAAGACGUCUAAGGAUGUAAAAUACAAAAAAAUACUAUAAUUUAUAUUAUUAUUCAUUACAUUAUUAUUAUUUUUAUUAUAAACAAUAGUCAUAUCGAGUCAUCGAGGAUUCUGUACAUAGAAACUAAUUUAACGGACCUAUUAUUAUUUUUUUUUUAUUAUUAGAUAUAAACGUAUCGCUGAUUAUGUUUAUUUAGAUGUGACGUUUUUUUUUUUCGGAUCGUGAUUAAAUGUGUGUAAGUUCGGAAUGAGUGUUUUUAAAAUAAAAAGCAAGAAUUAAAAAUAAAACUAAGCGGUUAUAAAUUGUUUUUUUUUUUGCGCAAUUUAUUUUCAAUGUUUAUUAUUAUUAUUAUUAUUAUAUAAUAUAUAAAUAUAUAUUUAAUUAAAUUGGAAUGAAAAGUUUGAAAGGAAAAAAAAAAAUGUUGAGUUGUAAAUAUUUAUAGUAUAUAAAGCUUGUUCUAAUUAAUAAGAAUUUCGUAUGUUUUACUGUUAAAAAAAAAAAAAAAAAAAAAAAAAAAUGUUUAACCAGAAAAACUGCCUCUUAAAUUGUCAUGAUUAAAAAAAAAAAAGUAUUUACUAGAGGCAGUAAGUGUCUUCA